ACAUCAUUUCAGAAAAAUCUGAGAUCAUCAAGGCUGCCAAUGUUUCAGAGCUUGAUGGGAAAUGUAUCUCCCUGCCCCACAGGGAAGGUUUUGUGGCUUUUCCUCUCCUGCAUUAACAUGCAAAAAAUGCAUUUCAAUCAGUUUAUUAGUUCAGACAUGAAUUAGUUAUUUACUUCAUUACAUUAACAUUAAUUGAUAGUUUUUGUUCAUUGUUUUAGUACCAAUCAUAAUCAUAGCAUGACUAGUUUAGAUCAGGGUCUGAGGACUGAUCAAAGUUUGACUUGCUGGCAGUGGCUGCAUCAGAAAACGGCUGAUAAGUUGCUGUAAGUACUUUGCUGAAGUUAAUCAUCUUUCAGGUGUCAACUGUCAGUAUCAGUGUUGUGCAAGUUGACACUUCACAUGAGCCCCUGUAUUAUCAAAAUCAAUAAAAACAAAAUGUCAAAGCUUUUUCCACUAGAUCUUCUUACUCUGACUCACAAUAACUGUGCGUUCACACUUGUUUCUUUUCUUGUCUUCUCCAUUAAGGAUGUUCCAUGUAGUUGAAUUUGUCACCAAUAAAACCGUAGCAGUGGUGCCCCAAAGCUGGUACGAGGAUGGUUGUGCAUCGUGGCCAACUUAUAACAGUGAUGAAAGAAUAAAUAGGGCAGUAAAACAUGGAGAGGAGCCACAGGAUGACUGGCAGACACAUGAUGUCAGAAUCAUCAAAUCAUCUUAUACUUACAGGGAGGCACGUCAAAUCCUGAAGAAGGCUCUGACAUUUAGCACAUCGGACCUCCAAACUGAGGAUGAACAGGAAUGGCAUGGGAGAAGGAGAACAACAACAAAAUAAAGAUCUUUGGACCCCAAAGAGGUCCAAAUCCGGGUCAUCUGCUGGGACAAGUCACCAACUCCCUGCAAAUAGUCCAGAGCUCUGUCAAAUGUUUGGCAGAACUGCCCCUCCCCAACCACUACCACCACAAACACUCCUCUCUCAACCUGCACAAUGCAACCAGCAACAACGGGGGCCAGAGGAGCCAAGCCAGGUCUACAUACCUACCUGGAGAGGUGGGAGAAAUGUCCCAGAAACCAUUCCCUGCUCUGCUGCUCAGUUCCACAUUUUAAGCCUGCUGGAGCACAUUAAGCAGCAGCAGGACCAGCUGGUGGCCAAGGUCAAUCACCUGAGCAGCAGGGUGCUCAACACCUCAACACCUCAAGAGCCAGAGUGUCCUGAAUGCAUUCAGCUGCCCAUCGAAUCACUGGAAGUGGUGGAUGAGCUUGAAGCAUUCCUGAAAGACGCUGCCAAUGCAGCAGCCAAACAAAGAAUGAUUUCUUCUUUGGCCACGAUUUGUGGGCAAGAUGUGAAGAGAGUGGCGUGGAACAUACUCUCUCGGAUGUUCACUGAAGAAGUGGCCAAGACCAUAAGCUGGAAGGGGGCAAACGGCAAGAGGGCAUUCGGUCACAUGUCGUCAAAGACACUGCUGUACCGUAAGUCAAGUACUCAGCAGCAGGGAAGGGAAGUGUAA